GCAGCAGAGUAUAAAAAAUUGCUUAACCUGAAAAGUGUCAGUGUCGCGUCUUGCGGAAAAUUCCAAUUUUGUAGGAAAAUCCCAGGAAAAGUGCAUUUUUGCUGCUGAAAAGUGUCAUUGAGUGCUUUUAGCUUACGCAGAAGGAAUCAAUCUUCACGAAAGACGUGCGGCGGCGGAGUGUCUUCAGAGAGGCCGACAAUGAGUAGCGUUUGUGCGAAAAAUGAACCAAGAGUGUGCCACAAGUCCCGUGAAUAUCGUGAUUUAUCAGACAAUCCAGCAAAUUGAGGUGCCGUGAAGGCAAAUACGUGGUGAGGGGCAGAGUGCUAGGCGAAUUGCGACGAAAAAAGCCAUACCCAGAGUCGCCCCAGAGACAAUCUCGAAACUUUUUUUUUCCUUCAUUUCUUUCACAUUCUCUGUGAAAUUUCCUUCAGAAGUGUUCUACCAUCAUCGAGGGACAAGAACUUUUCCAACUUUAUUGAAAAAUUCGUGUGGAAGCAGUAAACUGUGCGUGAGGUGGAUUUGAAAUUUUUGGACUUACUGGAGAAGUAUGAUCUCAAGAUGAAGCGUCGUGUGGAUGAGGUACAAUUUGGGGCCCGUGGUGGUCCCCAAUCGCAUCAUCGUAUACUUGCAACGCAAAAUAAUCCAGCGUCCACCAUUUACCAAUUAACACCGGGUGUUCUAAAAGCAGGAACCGCCGACGGUGCCAAUCCGGGCGGUGGAUCAAUUGCAACUCAAGCGCCCAAUGUUCAAUAUUCAACGACUUACAAUGCAUCAACAAUGGCAAUUGCAAAUGUGAGCAAGAGCCCUGUGGUACAGCAGUCAACCACAAUUGCGACGGGAUCGCUGCAUGUGGUGAAUUCGGGAAUAAAUACUGUGAAUUCGAUGCGACAGAAGGCAACUGGUGGGGCUGCUGUGAGUAGCCAAGCGGCCCCAAUUGUGAGUGGGGUAGCCACAACGGGGACUCCCGUGCAGGCGGGUACCUUAUCUGCAGGCGGACUAGGAGGGAGUGCCACCAUUGGGGCACCACAGGCGACUACAGCUGGCCCCGGAGGGCAGCAACAGACACAAUUUCAGCGUCUCAAAGUGGAAGAUGCUCUGAGUUAUCUUGAUCAUGUGAAAUCAAAGUUUGGCAAUCAGCCACAAGUGUACAACGACUUCCUGGACAUUAUGAAGGAGUUCAAAUCACAGAGUAUCGAUACUCCCGGUGUCAUUGAUCGCGUUUCGACCCUCUUCAAGGGGCAUCCAGAACUCAUUGUUGGCUUCAACACCUUCCUACCGCCAGGGUACAAAAUUGAGAUGCAGGCCAACGACAAAGGGUAUUCGUACCAAGUUUCCGUCUCUGUGCCGUCUCCAUCGUGUGGUGCAUCAUCAGUGUGCCCCCCGCAGCAACAGAGCCCCCCGCAGAAGUUGCAAAUAAUGCAGGGAAGUGGAACGAUGGUUCACACAAUUCCGGGGGCUGUGAAUCUCAUCACGCACGCUCAGUGCCCACAGCCAUUGCAUAGUGGGGUUGCGGGUAGUGGUGGGGGUGCUGGUGGUGGUCAGGUGAGUGCUGGUGGUGCAAGCGGUACGGGUGGUGCUGCGGGUACGUUGCAACAGGCAACUGGGGCACAAUUGGCGAGUGCCGUUCUUACGGCACCGCAAACUUUUGUUCAGCAACGUGAUCGUGAGAGAACCAUUUCGGGGGGCACAAUGCGUACGACUGCGGGUGCAGCAGCAGCGGCGAGUCUUGAGGAGAUAAGUGGUCAGAAUUUGCAUCACAUCAGUCAGGCGCAUCAGCAAAUUGUGCAGCAGCAGCAACAGCAGCAGCAGCAGCAGCAACAACAACAGGCAGGUGGUGGUGCUGAUGGGCAGGCACAGAGUCAAAAUCAGCCCGUGGAAUUCAAUCAUGCCAUCAGCUAUGUCAAUAAGAUAAAGAAUCGCUUUCAGAAUCAGCCGGAAAAGUAUAAGCGCUUCCUGGAGAUUUUGCAUCAGUACCAAAAGGAGCAGAAGGUGCGCGAUGGGCAGGGGAAACAACUCACGGAGGCCGAGGUGUACACGCAAGUGGCGAAAUUAUUUGACAAGCAGGAAGAUCUUUUGCGGGAAUUUGGGCAAUUCCUACCGGAUGCCACGAGUCAUUCGGCAAGUGUCCACGGUAUGGGGAAAGGUGUCAAUUUGGGGCAUAAUGAUCACAAGAAGAUGUCCGGGCCAUCAAGUGGGGGACCCUCAAUGCGAUCCACCUUCAAUAAUAGCUCCAAUAACUUUGCUCGUGGUCUCGAUCGUCCAGCAAUAGCAGCUGGGGCGUCGGGGAAUGAUUAUGGGCAUCCCAUGGAGAAGGAAUUCCAUGCACGUGGGGAGAAGGAUCGCAAUCACAUUGCCGGUGGGGGCCAGAAGUAUGCUGGUGUAAAGAGAUCACCCAGCUAUGGAGCAAUGCCACAUAUGGGACACAUGCCACGUGGUGGUGCGGCAGCUGGGGAUAGGAGUACAGAUGGGCCAUCGCAUCCAAAACGCCAUAAACCCAUCUGUCGGGAUGUGACGCUGGCGGAAGCGUCAAAAUUCGGUUCACUCAAUGAUUACGCCUUCUUUGACAAAGUUCGCAAAGCGCUGCGGAGUCCGGAGGUGUAUGAGAAUUUCCUUCGGUGCUUGAUCCUAUUCAAUCAGGAGAUUGUUUCGAAGUCCGAACUUUUAACGCUCACAGCGCCAUUCCUGGGUAAAUUCCCGGAUCUCCAGCGAUGGUUCCAGGACUUUUUGGGCCCGUCAACGGCACCCGAAGGUGUUACGUUGGCGUCGGCACAGCGUCAGGAUAGAUCUCAGGGGGAACUAGCGCAGGAGAUAGAUCUUUCCACUUGCAAACGUCUCGGUGCAAGCUAUUGUGCCCUCCCGAAGUCGAGUGAGGUGAAAAAGUGCUCAGGACGUACAGCGUUGUGUCGUGAGGUGCUCAAUGACACAUGGGUGUCCUUCCCAACGUGGGCUGAAGAUUCCACUUUUGUUACGUCGCGAAAGACCCAAUAUGAGGAGCUUAUCUACCGCUGUGAAGAUGAACGUUUUGAACUUGAUGUGGUUAUUGAGACGAAUAGUGCGACAAUUCGUGUCCUUGAGGGUGUACAGAAGAAAUUGAGUCGUAUGUCACCGGAUGAGGUGGCACGCUUCAGGCUGGACGAUUGCCUUGGGGGGAAUUCACCGACAAUCCAUCAGAGGGCCUUGCGAAGGAUAUAUGGCGAGAAGGCGAGCGACAUUAUUCAGGGGCUCAAGAAGAAUCCAGUUGUAGCUGUUCCAGUUGUCCUCAGGCGCCUCAAGGCGAAGGAGGAGGAAUGGCGGGAGGCACAGAAGGGCUUCAAUAAGCAAUGGCGUGAGCAGAAUGAGAAGUACUACCUGAAAUCACUCGAUCAUCAGGGGAUCAACUUCAAACAGACCGAUAUUAAGGCUCUACGCUCGAAGAGUCUCUUCAAUGAAAUUGAGACACUCUACGAUGAGCGUCAUGAACAGAAUGAAGAGAGCACAACGGAACCACUUUUGGGGCCACAUUUGGUGCUUCCGUAUAAAGAUAAAACAAUCUUGGAUGAUGCGGCGAAUCUUCUAAUUCAUCAUGUGAAGCGACAAACGGGCAUCCAGAAGCAGGAGAAGACAAAGAUUAAGCACAUUCUGCGACAAUUUGUGCCUGAUUUGUUCUUUUCGCCUCGUCAACAGUUGAGUGACGAUGAACGAGAAGAUGAUGUCAAAGACAUGGAUGUUGAGCCAUCGGAGAGUGACAUGAAGCCAUCAACAAGUUCAAGGAGUAGUAGUAGUGGUAAAGUGCAAUCGUCCAGUGUGGCGGAUGCAGCGGAGGCAUCAACGUCAGCCACAGCGUCAGGAAGUCUUCCGGGUGCAGCAGCAGCAGCUGUGGGGGGAAGCAGUGGAAGUGCGUCCGUGGGGACGUCAGAGGUGGUGACUGUGAAGAGGGAACAGUCUCCGGGGGCAAGUGAGGGACGGACUCAGGGGGGUGGUGGGAGUGCAUCCGUGAGUAGUGGUGGGGAUGUUGUGUGCAAUGUUGGUAAAAGUGUAGUGGGUGGUGGCACAAGUGGGGGGAGUACGGACACGACCAAAGGAAGUGAUAUUAAGAGUCCCACAGUGACUAUUUGCGAUGAGAUUAAGAUGGAGAUGAAGCAAGAUAGAGAUUCACCGAGCCCACCACUACCUCCUCAUGCCAUCACCAAGCACACGGAGGAGGCGUACACGUUGUUCUUUGGCAAUAGCAAUUGGUAUCUCUUCCUGAGGCUCCACGCAAUCUUGUGCGAGAGGCUACGUACAAUGUAUGAACGUGCACAAAUUCUAGCUGUUGAGGAGGCAAAACAUCGGAGCAAUAGACGCGAAAGUACAGCAACGGCAUUGAGAUUGAAGCCAAAAAGUGAAAUUCAAGUUGAAGACUUCUAUCCCACCUUCCUGGAUAUGCUGAAGAAUGUUCUCGAUGGGAAUAUGGAGGCAACAAAUUAUGAGGAUUCACUGAGGGAAAUGUUUGGUAUACAUGCCUACAUUGCCUUUACGCUCGAUAGGGUUGUUUCAAAUGCCGUCCGGCAGUUGCAGCAUUGUGUGACAGAACGUGGGGCCCUAGAAUGUGUUGAUCUCUUCCAUCAGGAGCAGAGAAAGAGUGGAGCUGGUGGGCAGUGCAAGUCAGCCAAUAAGAGGAUUGCAGCGGAAAUGGCAUACCAGAAGAGAGCUGAAGCAAGUCUACAGGAUGAAAAUUGCUUCAAAGUUUACAUUUACAAAAUUGAUUGUCGUGUGACGAUAGAACUGCUUGAUACGGAGUCAGAGGAUACGGAAAAGUGUGUUGCAAAUACACAAGCGUGGAGUAACUACGUGGAACGUCUGGCGAAUCCAGCUGCCACAACGGGGGGUGACGGAAGUGGCGGCACAAUGCCCGGCAGUGUGUCCGGAAAUGGGGCAGUGACAAGUGCAAAUGGUACAGCUGGUACAAGUGGGGUGGAGAUUAAGACGGAGAAGCCAGACGAUGAGAUGAAUGCCCUUCCGCGGAAACCGCUCUACCUCAAGCGCAAUGUGAAUAAAGUAAAGAGGAUACUUCGGUCACACAAGAAGAAUUCCCAACAUCCCACGAGUACUGCCUCAUCGGGAGCCCUGGCUGUGAGUAGUUCAUCCACAACACAGGCCACAGCAUCAGCUACAGUGGUCACAUCGGCUGCUGCCAGUGACGUUACAGUCCUCACGAGUACAACGGCGGAAACCACAACGACUUCACUGACGACAAUGGCUUCCUCGCGUGCUGGCAGCACAGAUCCCGUACCCAUGGACAUUGAUGAGAGUGUCAGUGGACCGGGAUUCUGGGCAAAGAGGCCGCCUGAGCGAAUGCCGGGACCACCAACGCUUGCCGAUGAAUUCAUCUCUGACAACAAAUCCGAAAUGAAGCUAAACUACAACAACUACAAAAUGGUCAUCAUUAUGAAUAAAGAUGAUUUCUUCUACAAGAGGCAUGCUCUGUAUAAAGCCAAAAAGACUCACGAAAUGGUGACGAAGCGAAUGAAGACGCGUUUCCAGAAGUUUAUAAAUUCAUGGCUGGAAGAGAAUGUGGCCGAAGGUCAGAAGGUAAAAUGCUCAGAUUGGCUAAUGGGACACGGUGAUGAUUUGGCGCCAAAUUCAACAAUCCUCAAACAGGACAAUGACAUACGGAAGGCUCCCUAUUCCACGAUAAAUCGCUAUACUGUCACCAGAAAUGCAGAGAGUUAGUCAAGUGUUGAUGGGUGAGUGAGUGGCCUGUUUUAGAGGGAGGGAGGGAGAGAGAGCAUUUUAAGAGACAUCCCUUUUGGUGUACAGACAAAGUCUUUUAACUCAAAUUUUACUUACAAAUGAAAGAAAAAAAUUCAUUUCCUUCCUUUGAAUCCUUUUUUCUCUCCGAAUUUUUGCGUGUAAAAAGAAAAUAAUAAAAAAAAAUUCUACAUUCGUGUGUAAAAGAUGUUUAAAAAAAAGAAGCGUAAUUUGUUCUAAACUAUUUAAAAAAAAAGAAGAAAUACGAUUCAAAAGAAUAAGAAAAAAUCGUGUAAAUUUUUCCCCACAAAAAUCGUGUUUAAGUGUAGAGAUGAAGAUAGUUAAAAAAAAAAGAUUAAAAAAUAUUAAAGAGAUGAAAGAUUUUCUUUCGUAAAUAUUGCAAUUAAUUAUUAUUAUUAUUAAUAUUUAAAAAAAAAUGAAGAUGAGAAAAAUAUUAGUUAAAACAUAAAUCUUUACUUGUUCAUCUCAAAGCCCCGAUUAAAUUCUUUAAUUUUUUCUUCUAAUUUAUUGUAAAUAUGCGUCAGUUUAUGAAUAUAUAUAUAUAUAUAGUUAGUAUAGUAUAUGUAUAGAAGUUUUAAGAAAGAGUUAGUUGAUGAAAGAAGAAGAAAAAAAACUUUAAAUAGUGUAAGUUUUCUCAGAUGAUCUAUAUUUGGAUGAAUAUAACAAUUUUUAAAUUAUUAAUUUUAAUGCAAGACGGGGAGAUGAGAUUUUUUUAUUAUUAAUUAUUAAAGGAGAAAACAAAAAUAUAGAUAAAAAAGGAGAUAAACUGCGUUCUAUUUAAAAUAGUACAAAGCUCUAUUUUCGCUCUAUUUUUCGGAGUUGAAUGAAAGAAAAAAGAAAAAGUUUUAAAAAGAUAAAAAAUGUCCUCCGCUUCACUUUGAAAGCCCAUUUUGAAGGAAGAAAAAAGUGCUGCUGUAUGUAAAGUCCAAGUGUAAAUAUAAUAGUUAAAAAAAAAAAUGGAGGUACUACAAUUUAGUAGAUUUUAUUAUUAUAUUAAAAAAAGAGAUGGAAUUUUUAGUAUUAAAAAAGAAAGAAAAAUAAUGAAAUUAAGAAUGCGAUAGGAAAUGCCGAUGACACUUUUUAUUGAGAAAGACUUUCGAUGAGAAAUAAAAUAUUUCAUGAUAAAAAAA